UAGUUUUUGAAGGGAUCCAUUUAGGAUUGACCCACAAAAAAGAACCACCAGAGGUGUCGUUCUCAACCUUCAACGCCAAGUCACUGAGGAGUCUUGGUUCCUGAGUGAAGACUCUCGUCGGAAUCUUGGCCAUGGCGGAUUCCAAAGUAGAGACCAUCUCACGAUUAGCCCAAUGGAGGAUUGACAAUUUCGGACCAUGUUGUUACAUAAAGUCCGAGCCUUUCAAGCUCGGAAUCUGGAAUUGGCACUUUUCUAUAGAGAAGAAUCGGUAUCUGUAUAUUCGUUUGUUUCCAGAACAAUCGCGUUUGUCUAAGGAACAGCCUCCUCUUGCUCGCUUUGUGCUUAGAAUUUCGAGCUCCGGCAAUGGCCGUCAACCUUAUAUCUCCCCUGUUCAUGAAAGACAGCUUCGCACAAUGGAUGACUUUGCCUGGCCUGUUAAUUCCAGCUUCAAUGGUCCCUUCGUCAUUGAUGUAGAGUUUCUUGACUUGAAGAUAUCCCCUAUAAAUGGUGGGGAGGCUACUCCUGUAUGGCCUACUGGUGGAUUGAUGCAGUCUUUGUCAACCCAAAGCACUCUGAGAUGCCUCUCUCGAAUGCUUGAUGAGGGCAUCCAUGCUGAUGUCACCAUCAGCACUGCUGAAGGAUCUUUAAAAGCUCACAAAGCAAUUCUUUCGGCAAAUUCUCCUGUGUUCCAAAGCAUGUUCAAUCAUGACCUUAAAGAAACAGUGUCCUCAACAAUUGACAUAGAAGACAUGUCACUGGAGUCUUGCACGGCCCUUGUCAGUUAUCUGUAUGGAACCAUUAAACAACAGGAUUUCUGGAAGCACCGGUUGGCACUUCUAGGCGCGGCAAACAAAUAUGACAUGUCAGACCUAAAAGAUGCUUGUGAGGAGAGCCUUAUGGAAGAUAUUAACUCCGGGAAUGUCCUGGAGAGGCUGCAAGAGGCCCAGUUAUACCAACUGCCCAAGCUGAAGAAAGGGUGUUUGCUGUACUUGUUUGGUUUUGGCAAGAUAUAUGAUGUUAGACAUGAGAUGGAUACCUUUUUCAAGUAUGCAGACAGAGAGUUGAUGACCGAAAUGUUUCAAGAAGUCCUUACAAGUUGGAAGCCUGCAUAAAUUACAGAGAACUCCCUUACUGUCAUAUGCAGUCAACUGAUUGGUACUUGUAUAUAGAUAUGUGGGGUCCUUUGGUUAUAUGCUACAUGAGAGCGUAACAAAGGUUUUACUGGUUUGGAAGCACAUUCAUAUAUUAUAAAGUUUACUAUUUGAAAUU